AUGGAACCAAAACGUCCGAUCAGCCAUGAAGACAUAGAAAGGCUUCGAGAACUACUCAAAGAUACCGAAGCUCAACUUGUGACACCAAACGAAGAAGAUGCAUACACGGCGUCCAUUCGUCGCUGGUCGCGGGCGGCAGAGAAGCGGGCGGGAGCAUGUUUGGUUCCCAAAUCUACAGAAGAAAUAUCCAUCACGCUCAAGUAUGCCUCGGAGCAUGGUCUCGACAUCGCCGUUAAAGGAGGCGGCCAUUCCACAGCCGGUGCAUCCUCGACUGACGGCGGUCUGCUUAUCAAUCUCAAAACACACUUGCGCACUACCGAGGUUGAUGUGGAAAAGAAGACGAUAAAAGUGGGUGGAGCCGUCGGCGGCACUGUGUCGGAUACAGGGGUCGGCGGGCUUACUUUUGGCGGCGGGUUUGGCUGGCUUACCGCCAAACAUGGGCUGGUCAUCGACAAUCUCAUCGCAUGCACGGUUGUCCUUGCAGACGGCAGCAUCGUCAAAGCUUCCAACGAGGACGAUCGUGACCUUUUCUGGGCUGUUCGUGGCGCAGGCCAGAACUUCGGUAUCGGCGUUGAGUUUGUCUUCCAAGCGCACGAAACCGGCGACUUGUGGGCUGGCUUCAUGCUCUUCCCGCCUGUGCCUGACACCAUCCAGAAAGUUGUUGAGGCUUUCAAUACUAUCUUCACACCUGAUUCAGACGGGGUUACCAAAGCGGUGGACAAGGCAUCCGGUGGUUUUGGCUUUGUCCGACCACCACCUGCAGGCGGCCAGGUCAUGUUCUUCGUAGUAGUUACCUAUCGCGGGGAUGAAGAAGAAGGCAAGAAGCUAUUUCAGGACGUGAUCGCGCAGCAGCCGCAGAUCAGCACUAUGUCAAUGAUGCCCUACGCUAAAGCAAAUAAACUCAUGGAUCUCCCCAUAGGCGCCCGAGCUUCCCUCAAGGGCGCAGCUUUCGAACUUCCCGUACGGAGUGAUUUUGUCUUGUCGGUUCUCGAAGCAUACUCCAAAUUCACGGAUGAAAACCCUGAUGCAGCUGGCUCGCAGGUCAUGUGGGAACUACUCGACCCCACCAGGCUUGUCGCAGUAACCAACUUCGACACGGCGUUUGCAAACCGUGGCCUACAUUUCAAUGCAGCUGUUGCGCCGCUGUGGUGGGACGAGAAGAAUGAUCAAGAGUGUAGACAGUGGUCAAGAGACGUCACUCUUUUGUUCAAACACGAGCUCCAGCGUGGAGGUGCAGAGACGGGCGAAAGCAACGAUGGAUGGAUUGGCAAGAAAGGAAGCCAUGGUGCCACAAUGGUGUAUGGGAAUUAUGACCAGUACGAAGAAAGGUCCAGGGAUGUUUUUGGGAACAAUUAUGAGCGUCUCCAAGUGCUCAAGGCCAAGUAUGAUCCGAGCAAUAUGUUCAAUAAGCUCUUUGCUAUAGAGCCGAAGCCAGGUGCACCGUAA